UUGCCUAUUAAUGUGUUAUGACAACUGGUAAAAAUUCAGUUAUCCCUGAAUUUCUUCCGACACAAAACCUUCAUUUUUGUGCUAUCCCUGUAUGUUUGUGCUAUCCCUGAAAAAAAUGUUUCAUUGUCUAAACUAUACUUAUAGGAACUCGAUGCUGUUGAUGAUAUUUUUUUUGUGGCUGGAGGUGGGGUAUAGUUUGGAUAAUGGGUUGGCCCUUACUCCUCCGAUGGGAUGGAUGUCAUGGCAGAGGUACAGGUGUACCACAGACUGCAACAAAUUUCCAGACGAGUGUAUAAGUGAUAAACUCAUUAGAAAAAUAGCAACGGCAAUGGCGGAUGAAGGAUACUUGGAAGCGGGUUACGAGUAUAUCGUCAUCGAUGACUGCUGGUUGGAGAAAGAGAGAAAUGCCUCAGGUUAUUUACAACCAGAUAGAAAAAGAUUUCCUUACGGAAUGGAAGCAUUGUCCAAGUUUAUACACUCGAAAGGCCUGAAAUUCGGAAUAUACGAAAAUUAUGGUACCAAGACAUGCGCUGGAUAUCCUGGUAUAAUUGAUAAUGUUAAACAAGAUAUAAACAUGUUUGCUGACUGGGAAAUCGACUACAUAAAAGUUGACGGUUGUUAUUACAGUGGUUAUGACUAUGCAAAAGGAUAUGAAGAAGUGAAAAACAGACUUAAUCAAACUGGAAGGCCUGUCGUAUUUUCCUGCAGUUACCCUGCUUAUCAAGACGAAUCAAGUGUCCCUACGGACUUUUCGGUUUUGGCUGAAAAUUGUAAUUUAUGGAGGAAUUACAAUGACAUUGACGACUCGUGGCAAAGCGUUACUACCAUCUUGGACUACUUUGCUUUGAAACAAGAGCACAUUGCCAAGUUCGCUGGACCUGGUCAUUGGAACGAUCCCGACAUGUUACUAAUAGGAAACUACGGGUUAAGUUAUGAUCAGAGCAAGGUUCAAAUGGCGCUUUGGGCAAUUUUGGCGGCUCCAUUGUUGAUGUCAAAUGACUUAACUAACAUUAGGCCUGAGCAUAAAGAAAUCCUACUGAAUCACAACAUAAUAAAAGUCAACCAAGAUAGUUUAGGAAUUCAAGGACUUCGUGUAUACAGGGAAAACAAAAUCGAAGUUUGGACAAGAAAAAUAAUGCCAGUAGUUUCUGGUGAGUUUUCUUAUGCAAUUGCAUUCUACAGCAGAAGAACUGACGGUAUGCCAUUCCUCUUCCAAGUGGAAUUAAAAAGGCUCGGUUUAAAUAAUCCAGAGGGUUACAUAUUGAAAGAUUUGUAUCUCGACAGAAAUUUGGAUGGUAUAUAUUUCCCAUCAAAUAAUGUUACAGCGAAAGUAAAUCCAACAGGUGUCGUAUUUCUCAAAGCUACUCCACAAUAAUGAAGAACCAUAUAUAGCAGUCAAUGUAUUCAAUUUGUAAAAUAUAAAGAAACUCAAUACAAUUAUACAAAUCCAUUUUUUAAAAUAAACCGUAUAAUGAUUCUAGCUGUAUUAUAUGAAAUAAAUUUUAGAUCAAACCUAAAAGUAAUAUCUGCUAUCUAUUGUAUAAAUUAAUACUAAUCAUAAUAAACAUAUAUCAUUAUUUAUGUAUGUAUAUAUUUCAGAAGCUCCAAAGGUAAUGUAAUAUUUAUGACUUCCUAGACAAUGAAUUCAUCAACUUCGACAGUCAGCAAUGCUAUCAUAUUUUUAUAACUUAUAACUCUAUAGAAAUAAAACUUUGGAAAAGGGAGAAGAGUCCACUUAGAAUUUUUUUUUAAAUUAAGUCAGUACUCAAAUGUCUUUCGUUUCACCGAAACUAUUAUUAAUAAACGCAGAUAUAUCAUAAAGAAUGAAAGAAUGAUAUGGUAUAGGAACUUUUAAAUAAAACUUGUAUCCCUGUUUUUUCUCACGUAUUUCUCAAGCUGUUUUGUAUCAAGUAAUAUGUGAAUUUUAUUCCAAUCAAUAUGUGUUUAAGUCAGAUGCUUUAUUAGUAAGCUAAAAUUACUUAUUCUGAUACGCUAUGUCGGCAGUAUAAGCAACCUACCGAAAAAUGAACGGAUUUAAACAGGAACAAAUGUUAAACUUAAAAUAAUACAUUUUUCGUUCUUAUAUUGAUGUUAAAUUGGUUAGAGAGCGUUUUAUUGUUUACUGAAUUGCUUGAUAUAAAGUAGUGUUGAUAAAAAUCACAUUAAAAGUAUUAUUAGUACUAUUAUAGAAUGAAAACUCGUUACUUUGUCUACUAUUAUUAUAUAGGGACAUUAGCCCGCGGUAUAGACUUGUUACUGGUCGUUUUAUUAAUAUUACUUAAGUUUAGAUAGAUUAUCUUUAAUAAAUAUCUUAAAGAAAGCUACAGACUUGCUAAUCAACACAAUUUAUUUAUAACCACAAACAUUACAUUUUAUAACCAUAAAAACAUCUGAACACAUUAUAUUAUUUACAUAUGAUAUCGAUUGUUUAUAAAAUUAAAUUAAAUCAUAUGGUCUGACCUGCUCCUACAGACUCCUUUUUAUCUAAUUAUUAGCAUUCGUAUAAAAAUACGCGGAUGGCUUCAUGUUAUCGUAACCUGCUACUUUUAAGAAUAUUCUCGGAAAAGGGGCGUUUUCGAUCCGGAGAUUAGUAAACAUUUUAUAUUUAAUAUGCAUGAACACCCAUUUAUUUUCCACUUGAACCGUAAGAUAAUUAGUUCACAAAAUCGAAUGAAAAGGUGGCCUACAAAAAUAUUUGGCCGUUUGACGUACAUCUUCAUCCACAACAUGUAAAAAUAAUGAGGUUAUGUAGGCCAAACGGUCCAAUAUUUUUGGAGGCCACCUCUUUUUCUCGAUUUUUUAAAUCAAAUUAUCUUACGAUUGAAGUGGAAAGCAAAUGGGUAUUCAUAUGUUUGUAGUACCUCUACUAUGUAAUUCAAAUCUAUCAUAUGGAUCUAUAAGUAUCAGUUAAGGUACGGAGCGGGACAGUAUUAGCUUUAAUACCUAAAGCAUUUAUGUAAACAACUCAGAAUGUAUAUAUAGGAGAUUAUAAGGAGCAAUAAAGCAGUCUUGUUUCUGACUUCAUGCGUGUUAUUUGUGGAUCCUUUACUCUUUUUUUUAAGUGUUUGAAGCCCGCAGCGUUUAACU